GUUUAGUGCGAAACAUCACUGCUAAAAAUGUAAAGAAUCAUUAUUGAUAUUAUUAUCAACAAAUAUUUGUGUUCAGCACCGAUGAUUGCUUGCAAAUUAUUAAAAAUAAGACCCAUUUUUGAAAACCUGAGAACUGCUCCCACAAAGGAGGCGUGACCGUUUGGACCACAUUGACCAGGGCACGCCCACUCUUGUUGCCGAAGUAAACAGAGGUGGUUUGGAAAAGGGUGAACGCGUCCGAAAAAUGACCAGGCAUGCUAAGAACUGCACGGCGGGCGCCGUCUAUACCUAUCACGAGAAAAAGAGGGAUGCGCAAUCCUCAGGGUAUGGAACCCAGAGCCAAAGAGUUGGCAAGGAUUCGAUCAAGGACUUCGACUGCUGCUCUCUGACCCUUCAGCCGUGCAGAGAGCCGCUCGUCUCGCCUGAGGGACACAUAUUUGAUAAGGAGGCCAUUUAUAAAUACAUCAUCACCAAGAAGAAUGAAUACAGUCGCAAACUCAAAGAGUAUGAGCGACAAAAGAAGAAGGAACAGUCUGAAGUCGAUGCACUGGCAGAGGCUGAAAAACAGUCCAAGCUGAACAAAUUUCUGAAAACUGAGAAGAACAUUGUUACAGAACCAGUAAAAGCAUUCAUUUCUGGCCCUUCAAGUUCAAAAGAAUCUACUGUGUCAAACAUGAGAGCUGGAAAAGACAAACAACUGCCAAGCUUUUGGGUCCCUUCGAUGACACCAGAGAGCAAGACCAGUGUGGCAUCUAAGCCAGAUAAGACCAUCUAUUGCCCCAUCACAGGAAGUCCCUUGAAGUCCCUCAUUGCAAAAACCGAGAGAUACAAGUGCCCUGUAACUGGUGACGUGCUCAGCAACUCCAUUCCCUGCGCCGUGAUUAGAACAACGGGAGAUGUUGUGACCAUGGAAUGCGUGGAGAAGAUCAUCAAAAAGGACUGGUUACACCCAAUAACUGGUGACAAGCUUUCUGAGAAAGACAUCAUUCCACUUCAGCGGGGAGGAACUGGAUAUGCAACAACAAAUGAGAAGUUAAAGUCAAAACAGGACAGACCCGUUCUCCAGGCUUGAUAAUCCAAAAUAUUUUAUUGUAUUUAACUAUAAUAUUAAUAAACUGAUAAUUUUUUCCUCACAAUAAAA